AUGGCCUCUGCGGCGCGGAAACGGGGCCACGGCGGCUCUCCCCCGCUCCUGGCGGCGUCUGCGGAUCCAGGUGCUGUCGUUCCGAUCGGCUCUCGCCACAAGAAAGGUCGGGUUCGUUCAGCCCUUCGGAAAUCUUCACUAGACGCGCCGGACGACAGAAUCGAUCGGGACGAAUGGCCAGAGCUCUGGAGUUAUCUGGGAGCCGAAUGGCCGCCGUCAGCAGCAACUCCGUAUCCUCUAGUAUAUGGAGACUCCAACGGGUGGGAGGCUACGGCUCGUUUGGAGCCGGAAUUGUUACUACAUCACUUGCGCCGCUUCGUCUUUCCAGACGAAGUACUUGCUAGCUUGUCCGACACAGUUUUUGUACAGUGGACGGCGCUGUGGCGCCAGGAGUGCUUAUUAUCCGGGCUCCUAGAAUUCCGACAGCGAGUGACAGAGCUACCCACGGGUGUUUGGCUCGACCAAUGGAUUGCUCGAUCGCAGCAGCGCCUUUCGCCGUCUCUGCUGGCCCCUCUGAUUGACAAUUCCGACGAUUGGAGAAAGUUGCGAGGGAUUAACUAUGCGGGGGACGACAUUUUACGAUUGUGUGACCCGCACAGACGCGUCCGAAUGAGUCACCACCUCAUGUGUGCCAUCGUGUUCGACAACGAGAUUUUUGCUCUGACGGGGACUGGCGGAAAGCCAAGCAGAGGUUCCUCCUCGAGUACUAAGGGCAGCUUACAGCAGAAUUUCGUCUUCAGCCCCGAAGUUCCUUUCUUUGAGGAAGCUGACGCCUACAGCCGGCAUCGCAAACUUCACGACUGGUCUCCGUCCUGGACUUCAGCAGUUGAUCCACUGGAUUCUCGGGGUGGGGACAGGCUCUUUAUUUCUCAAAACGUGAGGGGCUUCAAGGCUAGCGCUCGGGAAGGGUGGUUGUCGGCGUGGCGUAGUGCGCCUCAGAUCCGUCGCCCGCAGGCUUGGUGUAUUCAGGAGACGCAUGUACAUACUGACGAAGAGGCGGGUAGGCUGAGUUCCAGGUGGGCUCAGUUAUGGGGUCAACACUUGGAUCCUGACGCUCCUCCUCUAUCGUUCUGGAGUAUUGGCUCUUCUAGCCGUGCUGGUGUUGCCAUUCUUCUUACCCCUCAUUCUGCUCGUACAGCUUCGGCCUGGGAACCGGAACGCUGGUCACCCCGGGCGAUCGCAAUUUCCAUUGGGGAGGAUGUUCUGAUCAAUGUGUACGCACCUACACUGCGAGGUGAACGGGAAGACUUCUUUACUUCCCUUCUCAGCUGGAAUUUGAUGGCCUCCAACACUAUUAUGGCGGGCGACUUUAACUGCGUCCAGUGCCCUCUCCUCGAUCGGUACGGCAGUUACCGAUCGCACCGAUCGGAAAGCCCUGCCCUGGACGCGGCAGUUGCGACACUGGGCUUGGCGGAUGCGAGAGAUCUUCGGGAUCAUGCGGAUGACGAGGGCACUGGCGAUCCUACUGAUCAUUUCACUUACUGGAAUGGGGACCGUGCCAGUCGCAUCGAUCGUUUCUAUGUGCCUGAGGGGUGGGUAGGUCGCGUGCUGUGGAUUGAAGCGCGGGUGCCAUCCAAUCAGUCGGACCAUCAGGAGGUUGUGCUACACCUACGUGACCUGAACAAACCUCGUUCGUCAUGCCGGCAUGGGCGUGUAACAUAUCCGAUUCAUUCAUCGAACCCUGGCAGGAUCGUUGACGAACUCGUCGCGGAAAUGGACGGAAGGGCUAUAGGUCAGAGCGUUUCUACCCUCACUUGGGACGCGGAUGUCACAGAGUGUCAACAGUGCGUUCGACGCAUCCGGAAGCGGGUCAAACAGCGCAGAGCGCGAUUUCGUCGGAAGAUUCAGGGCAGAGCUCGGCGACCUCUCCUGACCCGGCCGCAAUUUAUCUCCUGCAAUAUGGAGGAAUUACGGCAGGAACAUCUGGUGCGACUGGGCCAGAAGCUCGCCAGGACGGCUGACCAGUUGCGCUAUUUUUACAAGCGGGUUGCCGACUGGGAACGCAAUCAAACAGUCACAACAAUUUCGCGCAUCCACGGCCCGCAUUUUACCCGGGAUAUGACUAAUGCGGAUAAAUUUGCCUCCGAAUGGUCUACAGUCCUUGGCAAAGUUCAUUGCCAGGAGGAGAGAGUGGACUUGCCGUCAGCCAUUCGCCGUUUUGUCAAUCUACCCACAGACCGAGUCUUGUCUUCUGCCGACAACCGGGCUCUCUUGGCUGAUUUUUCGGAAGCGGAAGUCCUUGCAGCCGUUUCUGGGCUCAGUCGACAUAAGUCGGCGGGACUGGACGGGCUCAACAACGAUUUUUACAAGGAUACGUCUGCACUUCUUGUCCCCGCCCUGGUCCAGCUCAGCAAUCAAAUUUUGGCUGGAGCUGAUCCCCCGCCUUCAUUUCUCGAAGCUUUGAUCAUACCCUUGCGAAAAAGGGAGACUCGGCGGAUGCGAUGGAUUACAGACCGAUUUCUCUACUCCAAACCAGCUACAAGAUCUUUGCGAAAGUGCUGGCAACACGACUGCAACGCGUAUUACCAAAAAGUCAUUGGUGACUCGCAGCAAGGCUUCGUACACGGACGCCAGAUGUCUAAACUAGUGUUGAUGAUGCUCGCUCAACUGGCGACAGCAACAUCGGAUACAACUACAUCCGCCGACGACAGCCGAGUGAUCCUCCUACUGGAUUUCCGCAAGGCUUAUGACACGGUCGAUCGCGAAUUCCUGUAUGAGGCUCUUCGCCAAUUUGGUUUCGCGGAAAGGUAUGUUCAGCUUAUAACUCGUCUACAUACUGGUACUUCGGCCGCGUUCCUUGUAAAUGGGGAACAGUCUCGUCCCAUCUCCGUCGUUUCCGGUAUCCGGCAAGGCUGUCCACUCGCCCCUUUGCUUUUUCUCGUCGUGGUGGAGAUAUUGGGCGUUGCGGUACAGCAAUCACCAGAUUUGUCUGGGCUUCCUGUCCCUGGACGACAUCCGGCAACGCACGUUUUCUCGGCAUUUGUGGAUGACUCGACGAUCUUUCUCGAGAAGGCCAGUCAGCUAGAGCCAGCGAUAGCUCUUCUCUCUCAAUUUGGGACCCUAUCAGGGCUAGUUGCCCAACCCUCCAAGAGUCAGAUCAUUUGUCUUAAUCGGGCUGUGCACGUAGCCGAUAUGCGGGGCAUUCCGGUCCUUCAACAUGCGGACACGGUGCGAUACCUGGGCUAUCAAGUAGGACUGAGACCCUUACACAAUUGCAACUGGGCGCUUCGUAUCCGGAAGCUUCAACGGAGGCUAAUGACAGCUUCCAGGGUGGCGACCAGUGUGGCGAAUCGGGUGUUGAUCCUCAACUCCAUCAUUCUCCCGUCUGUUCUGUUCACGGCGGCGGUGUUCGAUAUGCCUGAGUGGGCACGACUUGCUGUCCACAACCUGUACAAACAAUUUUUAUGGGCUCAUGCGACUUCAACGGAAGCCAGCCGACACAAGAUUAACCCGGGACUACUUUUCACCCCCAAAAAGGCAGGGGGGAUUGGGUUGGCCUCUUUGGAGGUGGCUAUUAAAACGCAGCGUACCAAGCACGCUUUACAGUGGCUCACACAAGCUCAGGACAAGUAUUUUGGAGCCUGGAGUGCGUGGGCUUAUCAAGGCCGGCCGACAAAUUCGAGUCUGGUUCUCCAUUGCAGGACGCAGGCAGCUGGGGCUGCAUCGUGUGUCGGGGCACCGUCCCCAAAUUCAUGGGUACCGGACGUUGACAAGCUUCUACACCCUACGGUAGAGCAAGCCACCAUUCUCAGCGAGCGGGUACGAACGUACUACCACCCCAUCCUCCACGGCGCCAGUAGCUGGUGGGAGGAGGAGGAAUGGGUGCUGUCGUAUCAUCACCCUUUCCCGGCUGGGUUACCUGCGCUCGAUCCUCAACAGUGUGCGAUUCAUCGCUUUUGGGGGACACUAGGCUGGAGUAAUAACCCGUGGAUCCAGGACGGCAAUGGCCUCUCGUUAAAAUCCGCUACCUAUGACAGGAUCGCCAUCUGCCCCAUCUCGGACCUGCACAUUCGGCGAACAGGGCCAACUGAAUUUAUUUUUCGCAUUAAGCCGGUUGGACCCCGAUCUUUUCACCACUCGCAGCCUAAACUCCGUCGGUGGGCGACGGCAAUCUUGCUGGCAUCCCCUACGUUCCCCAUUGGGGGCGAAUUAGCGCUCGAACCUGAGCUGGUUCUUCGCCAUGCACCACCUUUUCGACAUGAAUGGACCUGGGCCUCGGUCCAACAAGGUCGAGUGGUCGGGAGGCGAGAGGGGUACUUGGAAGUCGCUGACCAGCCUGUUGAACUGCAGCAGAGUGCGGAUGGAAUUCGCUGGUUUUUCACCACUCACCUACCAGAGUUAUCUACUAAUUCGGACGAGGACAGAUCCGUUUGGGCCCUACGCUUGCGUCGUCACGGCGUCGUGUUUUACUCCCAUCCCGGGCAUCAUGGCUUUCCUUGGGCCGUCGCCGAGUCGGUCGCGAACUUAGCUAUACGAAAAGCUAUUUCACGCCUGGCGUUCACGUUUCACAAAAGACUUCUUGCAGUCGCAUUGCGACCGCUGGUGCGGCGUCUGGAGGCCGUCUGUGACUUCGAUCAGUGGCAGCGGGCUGCCGCAAACCAAGACCCGGCACACGUUUGGAAGCAUGACAAUGGCCUUUCCGACCAUCAGGUCUGGACGUGUUACCGUAUAGCCACCAAACAACUCAACUUGUACCAUGCCGGCCGUCCGGCGGACAAUAGUUGCCGGGCGGUAUUGGCGUGUCACGGUUGCAAAGAAACGCCGGCUCACAUCUUUUGGGACUGCCCCAAGGCGCGCGCGUGCUGGGGUCAACUCAUUACCCAUUGGACAGGUGAACGGGCUGGGAGGCCGUGGGAAGAGCGUUGGUUCGUCGGGAGUGUGAAUCGUCACGCGCCGGAGAUACCGUCCAAGCAGCGUCUUCGGAUUUACCAUAUGCUCCCGGAGGACUUAGAGGCUGGUGUCGCGGUUUGGAAGCGUCUCUGGUUUAUUAUGAGCAGCAUUUGUCUGACUCACUUAUGGAAUGAGCGGAACGACGCGGUUUUUCGAGGAGUGCAGUCGACGCCUCUCCACAGCGCCGCGCGUUUUUGGGCGCUGGGAAUUCGACAUCUUACCGCGUUAGCAAAACGCGAACAUCGCGGUCCCGCCACAGCUGUCACCGGGGCUAUCAUGCAUACCUGUAUCGACCUCUUUAUUCUCGAACCUCGGGAUAAGCCGAUACCUUUAGGUGACAGCCACGACAAGCUACCAGUUCCGGAGCUAUUGUCCUGGCUUAGAAGUUUUCAGACAUCUUUAGCAUAA